AGGAGAGAGAGAAAAUACUGUUCACACUCUUCUGUGAUCGGACAAAUUCUAAAUCUGUGGCAAAUAGACGCGUUCCUUUUAGUUAGUUUCCAAGUAUGGAAGAAUUAUAUACUGAGUCGUAGUCUCCGAAAACACUGUUCAUCUCUCUUAGCUUCUACAUCUGCUUUUAGGUACAUAAAGUGACUGCAAAAAGCAGUCACUACUCUUUUCUAAUAAAUUGGACCGCUAUAAAAGUUCUACCAAUGAAUUUUAUUCUAUGAUCUUCGGCGCACUGUGUGUGAUCUUUGGUAUUGCAAGUAAAGAAGUUGAUGGGAUAAUUUGUUUGCAAAAUUUGUUAAUUUGCUCGGAAUGAGUUGCUGAACUUUACAUAACUGGUGCACCAUUUUCAGGGGUAGUGUUUUUUAACAUGAAAAACAAAAUUUUCAAUUUGAGUUAUCACCACACCCAAACGAAUUUCCAGGAAAAUGACUGUUCCUUUUUUGUUUCAACCGGAAGUGAAUGUCGAUUUUUAAUAAACAGUUGAUGUGUUUUAAAAUGUCUCCGUAAUAACCUUAUAUAAGUUAUUUAUCUAUGUGCUUAAUGUUAAUUCAAAGAAUAUUCGGAUAGUGUUUGAUUUUUGUCUUGUAUGAAAGUUUAUCCUGAAAAUGGAUGAGGGAACUCUAAAUGAUUUGCUAGAGUGUUCUGUUUGCUUAGAACGUUUGGAUACAUCUAGUAAAGUGUUACCGUGCCAGCAUACAUUUUGUCGUAAAUGUUUGGAAGAGAUAGUGCAAAAACACAAGGAACUGAGGUGCCCAGAAUGUAGAAUUUUGGUGAAUUUAAAGGUAGAUGAGUUGCCUCCUAAUGUACUCCUAAUGAGAAUCUUGGAGGGAAUGAAAAAUUCCGGCCCAAAAAAGAUUUUAAGGUCACAUAGGGGUUUAGGAAAUCAACAAUUAUCUAAUGUUCAUCAGCUUCAUAAAUAUCAGCAGAGUGCUCUCGAACAAAAAAGUAAUAAUAAGCAUUCUACUCAACAGACCAUACCUCAUCAGCCUUAUGCCAAAGCUGUUUACGAUUAUGUAUCGAAAGAAGUAGGCGAUUUGUCUUUUAAAAAGGGAGAUAUAAUUAUUUUGAAAAAGAGAAUAGAUAGCCAUUGGUGCCAGGGGGAAUGCGGUGGGAAACAAGGAGUAUUUCCGCUAAGUUAUGUCCAGGUAAUUACUCCGGUUCCUAGUCAUAUUCCGCAGUGCAAGGCACUAUACGAUUUUAAAAUGGCAAACGAUGACGAAGAUGGGUGUUUAUCCUUCAGUAAGGGUAAUGUUAUCAACGUAAUUAGAAGGGUGGAUGAAAACUGGGCUGAAGGAAAGCUAAAAGGAAGAAUUGGAAUUUUCCCUUUAGCCUUUGUCGAAAUGAAUAAUUUGGCACGUUCAUUAAUGAAACUAUCAACCAACGUCCAGCCAGGUCCUUCAAAAGUGGCCCCACCAACUCCCACCAGCGAAGAGAGUACACCUCUAAUCCCAACUGAUCACUCAGUCACUUGUGUUACCCAUACAGACACAAAAAAUGUUCAUCAAACUGCAGACCCUGCAUUUGAUUCAAUUCCUAACAAUUGCUCUAGUGGUUCGUCAGCCACAACACCCAAUGUUUCUUCAAGUAACACUUCCUCUACAUCAAGUACGGCUCCAUCGUCACCUGCUUCACCUCCACCGAGAGCUCGUCAAUUAUCACCAAGAGCAAAGAAACAAGAUGCGAAACUUUCCGGCAAAACCGCAUUGCAUUUUAAUAUGGAUGGUCGUCCUCAUCACCAUAAUAAAGAAAAGAGACAUAGUUUAACCAACCCGACGAUGGUGCAGCAAAAUAGUAACAUGCAUAGGCAUUCCGCCGAAAUUGUUGUGGAUAGUAGCCAGACGCCGUCUGUUUCUAGCAACAGAUGCGAAAGAGCCAAGAGAAAUAGCGGUGGUUCCUUGGUUUCUUCCCUUACUGAAGUACAGCUCCCUACUGCUUUCAUGGCUCUCUAUCCCUAUAAACCUCAAAAACCGGACGAACUUGAAUUGAGAAAGGGAAGCUUUUAUAUGGUAUCUGAAAUCUGCCAAGACGGUUGGUAUAAAGGUACUUCGAACAGAACCCAAAAAUGUGGCGUAUUCCCGGGCAAUUAUGUAACAUUGGCCAGGGGAAUACCCCCUUGCUCUUCUAAAGAUAACCCGUCAUCCGAAACGAAGCAGCCAGUAAGUUUCACACGUAGCGGUAAGGGUGGUGUUGCAAUGUCUCGUCCCGCAGUCGUACCUCCCGAACUCCCUCCGCGUUCUGUCAGUCCUACCGCAGCUUCCAAUGCGGUCGGUACUGUGCCACCUAUUGUGCACGGGCAACAAGACGCUUUGGCGACCGCGGUGGUGCGCAGUGCCAGCGCCACCGUAUGCGCAAAUUCUAACGCGCAAACCCUAACACUGGCUAAAUCCGAUAAGUCACGAGAUCGAAAAGAUAAGGGGACGGUAAGUCUCAUGAGAAGACUGACAAGCAUGAAGAGAUCUAAAUCACCACCACCCUCUUCUUACUCUAUGGACAAUCCCGUUUUUGAGGAUACUUCCGUGACAUCUUCCUCGGUUUCUUCCGUACAGCCGGUUCAUGUCAGGUCCGGGUCAUGUCCAAGUCAGUUGUUGCAAAUUCAAUCGCCUGAUCACCACCGCUUGUUCGGUCCCGCAUCACAAAGAAUUAAACAUAAAGAACGUCCAAACAUUCUUAAUUACAGUUCAAGGUCGGCCGAAAACCCAACGGGUAGCUCGGGAUCUAGUCCCGAUAUGCAUCGCCAUAAAAAAUCCAACUCUCUCGACGGUAACAAAUCGACCAAGACGGGUGUGCAGUCAGUUAGGGAACGUUUCCGUUGCAUAACCCCCUAUCCCCCCAACAGUGAAUACGAACUGGAGCUUCAGGUGAACGACAUCAUCUACGUCCACAAGAAAAGGGAUGACGGUUGGUACAAAGGCACUCAACAAAGAACGGGCAAAACAGGCCUGUUCCCAGCCAGUUUUGUGGAAAGCUUUUAACGUUAGGUUUAUUUUAUUCAUUCAUUGUUUAUCGAGAUUCUAAAUCACUAUUUUAAUUUUUCCGAACUAAGAUUUGUUUUUAACUUACUAAGAAAUUUAUAACAAUCGUAAAUAAUGAUUUGUGGUUUUUCGAAUAAAAUCAAAUUUUUGCUAUAAAUCGUUUAUUAUUUUAGAACGAUGGUUUAUGUGAAUUGUCUGUUUGGUAAAAAACCAAGUUCAACAACAAUACCUUAAAUUAUUUUUUUAUUUUGAUAUACAGGGGUCGUAUCAUUAGGCAUUUAGGAUUAGCAGAAACCGAAAACAGUCACUAGUGAGUUCGUGAAACGCAAUUUUUUGUGACGAUAAAUUAUUGACAUAAUAUAUAACAC